AUGAGGGGCAGCACAAACUCUUGUGUUGUCCGUCUCAGGUACAGCAUCGUGUCUCCUGAUGAGGAGGGUCUGAAGAUCUCCACCCUCGGCCUCCACAACGGCCACGGCUCCAGACGGCUUCACUCCCCCGAUGGAGAGGCGGGCCCGAGCACCGCAUCAACGGUGAUGAGGACCGGCUACAACGGGAAGAUCUCCACGUCCGGCCGCGGCCAGCUGCGGAGCCGCUUCGUCAAGAAGAACGGCCAGUGCAACGUGGUCUUCGCCAACAUGGACGACAAGCCGUGGCGAUACCUGGCGGACAUCUUCACGACGUGUGUGGACAUCCGCUGGCGCUACCUGCUGAUGAUCUUCUGCUCCACCUUCUUGUUCUCCUGGCUCGUGUUUGGCUUGAUCUUCUACAGCGUGUCUCUAGUGCACGGGGACUUCGAUAAAGAUCACGGGAGCAGCAGAAAGCCGUGGAAACCGUGUUUGCUGCACGUCGAGGGUUUCAUCGGCGCGUUCCUGUUCUCAAUCGAGACCCAAACCACGAUUGGUUACGGCUGGCGCUGCGUGACCGAAGAGUGUCCCGUAGCGAUCGUUACGGUCGUAGUGCAAUCGAUCGUUGGAUGCAUCAUUGACUCUUUCAUGAUUGGCACCAUUAUGGCCAAAAUGGCGCGUCCGAAGAAGCGAAACCAAACCUUGUUGUUUUCGCACAACGCGGUGAUUGCGUUGCGCGACGGGAAGCUGUGUUUAAUGUGGCGGGUCGGGAACCUUCGGCGAAGCCACAUUGUUGAAGCCCACGUUCGAGCGCAGCUCAUCCGACCCUACGUGACGGCGGAGGGCGAGUUCAUCCCGCUGGAGAAUAUGGAUUUGAACGUGGGCUACGACGAAGGUACAGACCGCCUCUUCCUAGUGUCGCCGCUAGUAAUCGUACACGAAAUCGACGAGGAUUCGCCGCUUUGGGGGAUGAGUCGGGCGGAUCUCGAAUCGGAUGAUUUCGAGAUUGUAGUGAUCCUGGAGGGAAUGGUGGAGGCGACAGCAAUGACCACGCAAGCACGUAGCUCCUACCUUUCCCGUGAGAUCCUAUGGGGUCACCGCUUCGAGCCAGUCAUCUUCGAGGACGGCGAUCGCUACCAGGUCGAUUACGCGCAUUUCCACAAAACCUACGAGGUUCACUCCACACCCGCCUGCAGUGCUAAGGAGCUGAGUGAACUGACCGGGCGCCGUUCAUCCGGGUCGUCCCGAUCCGUGACGCCAGACAGCCGCAGCCGGGCGCAGACGCUCCUCCCGCCGCACUCGCCCAGCGCCUUCUGCUACGAGAACGAGGUGGCGCUCUGCUGCAGAGAGGACGAGGAGGAGCAGCCGUGCAACCCGAUGACUGUCGCUCCCACAGACUUCCAGAAAAUGUUCCAGGAUUCAGCCACCAUGACCUCCGGAAACAACAUGCUCUGCGUAUUGGACAUGGACAAUCAGAUCGAGUUUGACAUCAUGCAGACUGCCAAACCACUCGACCCCAUGACUUAUAAGAGCGAAUCUGAGAUAUGACGUUCAUGUGGGUACAUGCAUUUAUUUAAAAACAUUUAUUUAUAUA